UUGUCCCGAUCGCCCUCUUUUUGGUGGCUCUGAGUAGUACUGGCGUGGAAUCUGUCCGACCGACUUGCUAAGGAUUUGCCACUGCCCUAAAUGAGGAAAAUGCGCGAGCUCGUUGCUCCCUCCCCCCUUCUUGUCCUUGCCUGACUGGCUUUUUGCACCCGAUAUCCUUUGAGCACUCCCUCCUCUGGGCCAUUGGCCUUCCCCCAUAAAUACUCUCCCUCCCUGACCCCUGAGGGGAAAUCCGCCAGAACCAGCCCCACUAUGGAAACGGCGGUGGGCUCUUAGCAGGAACCAGGCUGGGGAAGGGGGGCGCGCGCGUUGGGCUGUGUUGAUUCGCCCCCUUGUUGGCAUUCCUCCCCCCCCCCCCGUUGCUUGAAAGAUGCUGGGAAGCGAGAUCGAGCCGCCUCUGACCUGUCCGCCUUGCCCUGACGCUGUAGGGUUCUUGCAAAGGAACAACAGCCUGGAAGAGAAAAGCCGGCUGGUGAGCGCGCUCAAGGAAAGGCAAUCUUCCAAGAACCUGCUGGCCUGCGGGAACAGCGAGAAGGAAGCCCGGUUCCGGCGGACCGAGACCGACUUCUCCAACCUCUACGCCAGGGAUUUGCUGCCAGCCAAGAAUGGUGAGGAGCAGACUGUGCAGUUCCUUCUGGAGGUGGUGGACAUUCUCCUGGCAUAUGUGAGGAAGACCUUUGACAGGUCCACCAAGGUCCUGGACUUCCACCACCCACACCAGCUCUUGGAAGGCAUGGAAGGCUUCAACCUUGAGCUCUCUGACAACCCCGAGUCACUUGAGCAGAUCCUGGUGGACUGCAGGGACACACUCAAAUAUGGAGUCAGGACAGGUCACCCUCGCUUUUUCAACCAGCUUUCUACAGGGCUUGAUAUCAUUGGCUUAGCUGGGGAAUGGCUGACAUCUACUGCUAAUACAAACAUGUUUACAUAUGAAAUCGCGCCUGUUUUUGUCCUCAUGGAGCAAAUAACACUUCAAAAAAUGAGAGAGAUUAUUGGAUGGUUGAAUAAAGAUGGAGAUGGAAUAUUCUCACCUGGUGGUGCUAUAUCCAAUAUGUAUAGCAUCAUGGCUGCCCGCUACAAAUAUUUCCCAGAAGUCAAAACCAAAGGCAUGGCUGCAGUGCCUAAAUUGGUCCUCUUUACCUCAGAACAUAGUCACUACUCAAUAAAGAAAGCUGGAUCUGCACUUGGUUUUGGAACUGAAAAUGUGUUUUUGAUAAAAUGCGAUGAAAGAGGCAAAAUAAUACCAGCUGAUUUGGAAGCUAAAAUUCUGGAAGCCAAACAACAGGGAUAUGUUCCCCUUUAUGUGAAUGCAACUGCUGGCACAACAGUGUAUGGAGCCUUUGAUCCAAUUCAGGAGAUGGCAGAUAUUUGUGAAAAAUAUAAUCUUUGGCUCCAUGUGGAUGCAGCCUGGGGAGGUGGAUUAUUAAUGUCUAGAAAGCAUCGUCACAAGAUGAAUGGCAUAGAAAGAGCCAACUCUGUCACAUGGAAUCCACACAAGAUGAUGGGAGCUUUAUUACAAUGUUCUGCCAUUCUUCUUCGGGAAAAGGGCAUACUUCAAGGUUGCAACCAGAUGUGUGCAGGAUAUCUAUUCCAACAAGACAAGCAGUAUGAUAUAACCUAUGACACUGGAGAUAAAGCAAUACAGUGUGGUCGCCAUGUCGACAUAUUCAAAUUCUGGUUGAUGUGGAAAGCCAAGGGUACCGUGGGAUUUGAAAGUCAGAUCAACAAAUGUCUUGAAUUAUCAGAAUACCUCUAUAAUAAAAUUAAAAACAGAGAGGAGUUUGAGAUGGUUUUUGAAGGAGAGCCUCAACACACAAAUGUUUGUUUCUGGUACAUUCCACCAAGUCUCAGAGGGAUGCCAGACUCUGAGGAGAGAAGAGAAAAACUACAUCGGGUGGCACCCAAAAUCAAGGCCCUGAUGAUGGAAUCUGGUACCACAAUGGUUGGAUAUCAGCCUCAGGGAGAUAAAGUCAACUUCUUCCGAAUGGUUAUUUCAAAUCCUGCAGCUGCCAAGUCUGACAUUGACUUCCUCAUUGAGGAAAUAGAAAGACUGGGGCAAGAUCUGUAAUCCACUCGAAUAACCUGUUUUACUUCUCUAGAGCACUAUUUUCCAGUACUGGCUUCUCCUUCUUCUUCUUCUUCUUUGUAACCACUUCUGUGGGUCACAUUUUAAGGUAAUCCCUUUCUAAAUGUUUGAUUCUUCUGAGACAUACUCUUUAAAAAAUAAUGGGGGGGAAACCCUUAGAUUACUGAAACACGUUAUGUGUAUUAGUUAUUUUACUGAAGGGAAAAUAUAUUAUCUUAAAAUGUAUUGUUGACCCUAGUUAGCAGGAAGCUAAUUGUAUUAAGAUAAACAAUUAAGAACUCUGCACAAUAUAUAUGUACAGUAAUAUAUAUAUAGUAAUAUAUAUAUAUUAUAUAUAAAUAAAGUGGUGAUGAACCUAAACAUAAUUCACAGUAUGCUUUUCCAAUGCAAAGGUGUUUUCAAUCAAGGACCAAUCUUGAACAGUUCCAUUCAUGUAAAUAAGGUUUAACCAGAGGAUAGCUUGGUAGAUCAUACCCCAACACUCUUAUUCUAGGAACACUAUUUGAGAGGUUUUUUACCAUUGAUUUCAGUGGAUAACACUAGGUACCAUCCAACCCGCUCUGGUCAGUGGCAAAAAUUCUACUUAAUUUUAAUGGACACAGUCAAGCCAUAGUUAAGCAUUUUUAAGUUCUACUGAAUCAGUAGAAUUUAAGAGCAUUUAGCUUUGACUGGAUUGUGGCCAGGAUGUCUGGAUUGUGCCCAUAUUUAGGAUUGGAAGGAUGCUAAUGUUACCAUCAAAAAGUGAAUCAUGUGAUAGCUGGCCUAACGUGGUGUCCCAGCUGAAAUUAGAUAAGGAAACAUUUUUCAAGAUGUAGAUUCCUAGGAACUGAGGAAAAUGUUUAACCUCAUUUAAACUUCAUUGUUGGUGCUUUGUUGGUACAAAGGAAAAAGGCAACAGUUUCCUAAAGAGAACCUCUUACUAGUUGUAGGUAUGUCCCUUUAGUUGUCAUAUCAGGGGAUAGUAGUAGCUGAGUUGUUGUAAUAGGAAAUAAUAUCAUUGUUGUAUUUUUUAGAAUUUGAUUUGUGUAGAUUGUAUACAUUACUGUUAAAUGGGGGGGGAGGGGGAAAUUAUAUGUAAUAGUUUUC